GGCUCCACCCACCACAACCAGGAAGAAAAACCGAGUCAAGCGACACAUCUGCUGUUCUGUCUCGUUUGAGCCAAAUGUGUCAUUAUCACAUGGAUUCCGCAGACUUAGUGAUGCGCUCGGAUUUCAAGUCGACUAGAGUUUAUUGAGCGUGGUCAUCAGCGGCUGCCGCCGGGGCAGUCGUCGAUGUCAAACUGGAAGAAAGGCCGGAUAUAUAUAUAUAUUUAAACAAAAGUGCUGCUAAUACACGAGGCAUGUGGGUGGCAAGCUUCCACAUCGGUCGUCGAUUCCGCUCAAGGCAAGAAAAUGAACGCACUUGUAUUUAAAGUGUACACCGCCUGAUGUGUUUUUUUUUCUCCUUCACAAUGGAAAAGUGGAGCAGGAAAAAACACAGUUGUUAGCCUAGCUCACUAGCCGUUCGUUCCUCACCGCUACAUCAAAUUAGUGGGCUGAGUUCGCCAGGCUAACUCAGCCCACUAAUUUAAAAAGAUACACACGACAUUCAGAUGUGUUGAACUUGUCGCAUUAGCAACGCAGAUAUAUUUCUUUUGUGACAGUUUUGUUGUUGUUGUUUUAACCAGCGAACACCUUUUUUUUCUUCCGUCUUUGGGUAACUAUGUAUUUUGCUGCUGCUUUGCCAGAGCUAGCCUGUUAGCUAACCAGCUAGUCACCUGAAGUCGCAAAGUCCCAUCACAAAUAGUUUUUAAAAAAUAUAUAUAUAACACUGUUGGACUGUCAAGCGAGCGACAAACAUGGCCCAAGAACAGUUUCCUUUGCAUUUCCUGGUGUGGAACAAUCAGUAUCAGGAGCUUGACCAGGAGAUGCAAAAUAAUGAGCAGAACCUUGAGCGGGUGGAUCCGAGAGGGCGCACCCCACUGGAGCUCGCAGUGUCCCUGGGCCACCUGGAGUCGACCCGAGUGCUGCUCAGAUACACCGCAGACCCGACACACUGCAACGCACAAGGCUGGACGAUUUUGCAGGAGGCAGUGAGCACCGGGGAUCCCGAGCUGGUUCAACUGGUGCUUCAGUACAGAGACUUCAAACGGGCGACUGAACGGCUGGCGGGCAUCCCAGAGCUGCUGAGCAAACUAAGACAGGCGCGGGACUUCUAUGUGGAGAUGAAGUGGGAGUUCACCAGUUGGGGUGACUUACCUUUGGUGUCGAAGGUGUGCCCCAGUGAUGUCUACCGGGUGUGGAAAAGUGGCUCGUGUCUCCGCGUAGAUACUACCCUCCUGGGCUUUGAACACAUGACGUGGCUGAAAGGACGACGGAGCUACAUCUUUAAGGGUGGAGAUAAUGGGGCCGUGGUCAUGGAGGUGGACCAUGAGAAGCAGGUGGUGUACACUGAGCCGCUUGUCUUAUCUCCACGUGAUGCGCCCUCCCUGCUGGCGGCCAUGCUGCCGUCACAGGAGAACACGGCUCAGAGACUCACAUCGCCCAUCGUCUCCACACACCUUAACACGCGCAACAUUGCCUUUGAGCGGAACAAGUCUGGGAUUUGGGGCUGGCGUUCUGAGAAGAGUGAGAUGGUCAGUGGAUAUGAAGCCAAGGUUUACAGUGCGACUAAUGUGGAGCUGGUGACUCGGUCAAGAACAGAGCAUCUGUCAGACCAGGAUAAAUCACGGAGCAAAGGUUCCAAAACUCCUCUCCAGUCCUUUCUAGGAAUAGCUGAACAGCACACAGCUCACAAUGGGAGUAACGUGUCCCAGUGUGCCAGUCCACAUAACCCCACGGCCAUCACAGCUGAAGAAUACUUUAAUCCAGAGUUCAACCUCAACGGCCGGGACAUUGGACGUCCCAUAGAGCUCACCAGCAAAGUGCAGAGGUUUAAGGCUAAUCUGUGGUUGAGUGAGACUCACCCUCUGUCGCUGGCCGAACAAGUGACGCCCAUCAUCGACCUCAUGGCCAUCUCCAAUGCUCACUUUGCGAAACUGCGUGACUUCAUCACCUUACGCUUGCCGCCAGGUUUUCCAGUCAAAAUAGAGAUUCCGCUGUUCCAUGUCCUGAACGCCAGAGUGACCUUUAGUAACUUGUGCGGCUGUGAUGAACCCGUGAGCUCAGUGACGGUUCACAAAACUGGGGGCUCAGAAGAAGCAGGGCAGUCGGCCGCUCCCUUUCACUGCGAUGUGGACCCCUCGGUGUUUGAGCCCCCGGCAGACUACACCACCCUCGGACCCGGGCGCAGCGAGCCUAUGAGAGACGAGGACGACAACCUGCUGCAGUUUGCCAUCCAGCAGAGCCUCCUGGACGCUGGCACAGAAAGUGACCAGGUGACCAUCUGGGAGGCCCUGACCAACAGUCGUCCGGGACCCCAGUCACCCCUCUAUGAGGAAGAUACUCAGCUGGAGAGGGCCAUUCAGGAGUCUCUGUCUAUUUCGUUGGCCAGCAGAAGAGGGGGAGACGACGCACAGGACCACAUCCAGCCCCCACUAGACUUCCCAUUGGAUCCUGCCACCAAUUACCCUCUGUCCUACAACACAGCGACUGAGCCUCCGUUAUCGGGACACUUUGGUGGGGCGAGGGGCUUCGAUGAGCAGCUGCGGAUCGCCAUGGAGCUGUCGUGCCGCGAGCAGGAGGAGAUAGACAGGAAACGUAAAGAGGAAGAGGAGGAGCUAGAGAGGAUCCUGCAGCUGUCACUCACCGAGAAGUAAUGUCACAUGAAUGAAGAGGCGGGUCUUCAUUGCGGGAACACAAACUCCUAAUUUAUUGUGAUUUUAUUUUUAAACCCAGAGUUGCUAAAUUAUUAGAUGUUUUAUUUAUGAUCAGAUUAAUGUCCCUUAAAAGUGUGAAGGACAAGAAUGGGUGUCAGAAAGUGCAAACAGGUACUCUGAAUCACAAUACAAAAAAAGGAGAUGAAAGGGAGUUGUUUUUAUUAUUCAGAAUUUGUUGAGUCUUGCUGUCUUUAAAGAGUGAUAAAUGGUCUAAAUUCUAUAAACCUGUAACAUGAUCCAUGUUACUGAUGAAGAAAAUCAUAAUAAACCAACAUAUACAAAUAAUAUGAGAAUCUUUGAAACAUUUGUUGACUUGCUUGUUUCUGUGAAAAAUAAAUAAAUAAAUGAUCA